UGGCUAUCCUCGCGUGGACGAUCAAAGUGGACGGAGCAGAUACUAUACCGAUAGACCGACGUGUUGUAGUCUAUAAAUUGACAACGACCUGCCGCCCGUGUCGAAGCAGGAACAUCUGGAGGCACUCUUUGAUUUCAAGGAUCAGCUAACAGACGAAAGCGACGAGACGAACAUGCCCUCUGCCAUCUCGAAACCGCGGUACAUCGCCCUCACCGACAUCGACAACGAGCCUGACGAUGCAGAAUCAUUCGUCCGACUGCUCUUGUACUCGAACGACAUCGACAUCGAAGGCGUCAUCGCCGUCACCUCGACAUGGCUUCCCAACGAAGUCCACCCAGAGACCCUGAACGAUAUCGUCACCGGCUACCGAGCGGUCCACGGGAACCUCCUUAAACAUUCGAAGGACUACCCGACGGCAGAGUAUAUGGACUCGGUCAUUGUCGGAGGGAACCCGACUUAUGGGAUGAAGGAGAUUGGGGAAGGACAUGAUUCGCCUGGCAGUGAUCUGAUCAUCAAGGCCGCUGAUAAGGAAGAUGAAAGGAUGUUACACCUGGGUCUGUGGGGAGGGGCGAACACUCUGGCUCAAGCUCUUUGGAAAGUCAGGUCGACCCGAUCACAGGAAGAGCUAGACAAGUUUAUCGAAAAGAUCCAAGUCUAUGCUAUCAGCGAUCAGGACGACGCUGGGCCUUGGAUCAGACGGAACUUCCCCAUGCUACGUUAUAUCGUCACCGUCGCCGGUCAGAAUGCGUAUGGAUUCGCCACAUGGACAGGCAUCUCGGGCGAUAUCGGUAACGUCUUCGACGGACCGGACAAGACGCUCGUCUCCAAAGAAUGGAUCGCCGAGAACAUCCAGAUCGGACCCUUAGGUGCCAAGUACCCUACGUACAAGUUUAUCAUGGAAGGAGAUACUCCUGCUUAUCUGGGCAUUAUUCCCAACGGCCUGAACGUGCCCGAACGGAUCGACUGGGGCGGCUGGGGUGGGCGGUACAAGAAACUCCUCGAUCCUGGCUCGAGGCAUUACCACGACUCCAAUGACAAGGUGAUCAGUCCCGUGGAUGGCAAGGAGCGUUCGACGACGCAUACCAGUGUUUGGAGGUGGCGGCCCGAGGUCCAGAACGAUUUCGCGGCCAGGAUGCAAUGGACCUUGGACACGCCGAAGACGCGACCCAACCACCCCCCUACCGUCGUGGUCAACGGGGAUGAUUCGCAAGAACCCCUAUCGAUCACCGUCAAGCAUGGCGAGACGAUCACCAUCGACGCCAGCAAGUCGUUUGACGUGGACGGAGACUCGUUGUCAUUCGAGUGGUUGCAGUAUAAAGAAGCCGACACGUUCUUCCCCGCCGUUUUCGAGGUCAAGACGUUGGAUUUCCACGGGACCGAAAGGUCGGCACAACUCAAGGUCACCUUCCCCACCGAUACCACGACGAGCAUCGGUUUCAGGACCGUCAACGAGACUAGCCAGAACUUUCAUCUGAUCCUCAAGGUUACCGAUGACGGCGUUCCCACAUUGACUCGAUACAAGCGGGUCAUCGUGACCGUGAGCAAGUAGUAGCAUUGUAAUUUUGACGAGCGACAGUGACAAUAUGU